UAAUCUGUAAUAUAAUCUCUGUGAUAUAAUUUUGAUUGUUGUUAUGGUAUUGAUGAUAAAUUUCGCGCAGUGAUCAUGUCUCCACAAUGAAGGCGAAGAGUUAACAGCUAUCGCUCAAAUCUGCUUUCUCCUCCUACGACGCGCCGCCUCAUCCAGCCUACUUAAACAAACCGCUAAACCUGCUUUUCAUACUUAAGAUCUUUCCUCGUCUCAUUUCGCUGAAGCUCGGAGUUGAGCAGAAAUGGCUUUGGCAGAUGACGCACGUGGGAUAUCCAACGGCGCAGACAACGGAUCCACAUUUUCUGAAAUAAUUGAGCUAAAUGUUGGCGGGCAGGUUUACAUUACUCGACACACGACUUUAACAGCCGUCCCAGACACUCUUCUCUGGACCAUGUUUAGCCAGAAGACCCCUAAAGAUCUGGCCCGAGACAGCAAAGGACGCUACUUUUUGGACAGAGAUGGCUUUCUGUUCCGUUACAUUUUGGAUUACCUGCGGGACCUGAACCUUGUUUUGCCCGAUUACUUUCCAGAGAAAUGCAGACUGCAGAGGGAAGCUGAAUUUUUCCAGCUACACGAGCUCUCCAGGCGCCUUAGCCCCAAAGUGAGCAAGGAGGACUCCAUCAGUGAGGAUAUAUCUCAGAGCGACCCCGAGGAGGCUGCGUUCCUGAGCGCGGUCGGGGGCUCCGUGGCCAGCAUGGAAACCUUGCGCCUUGUGCCAUCCGCCAGAAGCGCCCACCCUCGCUCUCCGUCCCUGGAGUCUCGAAGAUCAGGCUACAUUACUGUUGGAUACAGGGGCACGUACACCAUUGGAAGAGACAUCCAAGCCGAUGCAAAAUUCAGGAGGGUGGCCAGAAUUACUGUGUGCGGGAAGACGUCUCUUGCAAAGGAAGUGUUUGGAGAUACCCUGAACGAGAGCAGGGACCCGGACAGACCCCCAGAGAGGUAUACGUCCCGGUAUUACUUAAAAUUUAAUUUUCUGGAGCAGGCAUUUGAUAGGCUGACGGAGGCUGGCUUUCAUAUGGUAGCUUGCAGCUCCACGGGUACUUGCGCUUAUACCAGCAAUGACCCCAACGAGGAUAAGAUCUGGACAAGCUAUACUGAGUAUGUGUUCUGUCGAGAAUGACCACAGCUGUUGAAUCAUAAGUAAACUGAAGCGCAAACGAAAUUGUUGCUACUUGUCCUUUUCCAGCGUGUUUUUCCCAUUGUAAACAGAAUUUCAGUUACCGUGGAUACUACAUGUGACCGUGUAUUAAUACUUUGCUGAAACUGCUCUCCAACCUAUUGCAGCGUUUUGACAUUUCCACAGAAGGACUUUUAGUGUAUAUAAAUACCUGAAGUUGUAAUGUGCAAUUUUUAAAGUUUAUUAGGGCGAUAGGGAGAAAGGUAGAGAGGGCGACAAAGAAAGGACGCGGAAAAUGAACGCUCAGUUAUCUUGUUUGUUUCUAUAUUCGUACACUCUGAAUCACAAUUGCAGUAAAUGUAUCCUAUCAUGAAUCACAGCAGGUGAUAUCCUGAGGUUAAUGUAUUUGUGUUUUAUACGCUCGUAAAUUAAUGUAUAUCUUGGCAAAUUAGGCUGUUAGAAGAAAAAAAAAAAGAUUAUGCAAAAAUCAUACUACAGUACAGUAUGUUCUAAUGUUCAUAUUAUGUAGCAUUCAUGGAUUUAUUCCCGGUAGAUUUUGUAUAUUAUAAGAGAUGCUAGGGACCAUUUCGGUUCAUCUUAAAAAAAAACUCCAUUCUGGCUGUAUGGCUAGUUUGAAAUAUCAGGAAUUGUGCACAAAAAAUAUCUAAAUUAGCAACUGUCAGUGAUCAGUUUGCGCUGGUGUCAGUGAAUCCAGGCAAUGUUUCUUGACAUUGCGGAGCAUAUUAAGAUGCAUGCUAUGUACUUCCAUCAGAGUGUAUGAAAAAAUAUAUU